AUGCACUGCGAGGUGGCCGAGCCGCAGAAGUCCGGCGCGCCCUUCUACGAGGUGUUGGUGGCCAAGCGGCCCGGGGCUGGCGCGCCUGGCGGCGGGCCCGGCAGCGGCAGCAGCCCCGCGGGGGCGCCCAAGGAGCUGGUCCCCGGCCCCGGCCAUGGGCGAGCAGCCGCCGCUGCCGCGGCCGCCGCGGCCGCCGCCUUCCUGCACUCGCCCAUGGCCUUCAAGAUCACGCUGAGCGCCGGCGGGCCGGGGGCCGACGGGCCCGAGCUGCCGCCGCCACCGCCGCCCCAGCCCCCGCAGCCCCCCCGGGCCCCCCCGGGGCGGGCCCACGAGCUGGCCGGGCCCAAGAGCCCCAAGGACUUCUUCCCACAGAAGCCGCAGCCGCCCGGGACCAAAGUGAAUGGCGGCUAUGGCCACUGUCACGUGACGUCGGAGAAGAAGAGCCUGCUGGGUAUAGAGAUGACGGACAGCCCGAUCCCGGUCUGCAGACAGAGCCUGUUCAUCCAUACGACCAACCCAGGGCCCAGGGACCAGCCGAUGGCCUGCGAACGACGCCUCCACCUGGGGCAGGCGAACCUGGCUCACCUGGAUAACAGGUGUCCUCGGUUCCCGGAGCCGGCGUGCCUGAACGGGGGAAGCCACCCGGCUCAGCCCAUCAAGCAGGAGUGCGUCAGUGACUACAAGGCGGGCGCCGAGCUGUCCGGGCCGCGGAGGUUCGAGGCCUGCCCUCCGGGGCUGCACUCGGAGCUUGACCUCCUGGGCGGGGGCCCCUUCGCCGGCCCCUCGGCGUCCUACGUGCUGAGCGGCGAGCACCCUGCUCUGGGCCCGGCCUCGCUGGGCAGUGGGGGGGCCCCCCGCCGGCCCCGUCGGCCGCUUUCCCGGCGGGCGCCAUGAAGAGAUGCUGCUUCUCCAUCCUGCCGCCCCCGUCGGCCUCCUCGGCCUCCUCCCCGUCGCCCUUGUCCGUGGAGGGCCUGGACAUCACCACCAUCAUCCGCACCCCUCAGGCCUCCCUGGUCACCUGCGUCAGCGGCCUCCGCCCGGCCCCGUCGGCGUGGCCCCCGCCCCCC